AUGGUGUGGACGACACUUCUGCCGUUCACCUUACCCCUUUCCAUAGCGACCUCGCAGCUGUCUUCACGAGGAGUGUGUAACACAAGUACCGAAUGGCAGGCCACAGCCACCGCUUACCUAGGUGCAAACACUGAUACCAAACUGCGCGACUGGUGGGCGGAAAUAUCAGCGCGUCAGCAUUCCGCUUUCACCACCGAGUUAGGGAAGGCAUUUGGAUCACAUGUCCCGUACCAAUGUGGCUUGACGGACGACAGUGGUUGUAUCUACGCAGGAUGUAGUGAUUUCGAAGAUAAUGGCGAUCCGGUUUGGGCAUAUAUGUCGCAAAUCUCUAUGGUCAACUUGCACAUUCUGUUUAAAGCUAUUGAGGUAACCUACGAAGUGUUGGAUCGAGAGACAGAAGGUAUAACAAAAGGCCAAUUAGACUUCACCGAUCGAGUGGAUAAGAUGGUCUUGACAUUCUUCCCAUGGGAAGAACCCGACUUCGUUCCCGAAGAUGCUCUGAUAUGGAUGACGGGUAUCGUUGGCCUUGCUGGGGCGGUCGCACCCAUCUUGGCUGCUUCAUCCAUGGCUGCAAAGAGGGGUGAGGCUGCAGUUGCUGCCGGGGCUGGAGGUUUCGCGGCUCUCGCUGGUGCUGGACUCAGCCAGAUAAGCAACGAGAUUAAGCCUGACUCCAUUACAGGAUUUGCCAGCAUUGCCACGUUCAAAGAUUUCGCAGCUGAUUAUGGCGAAGCGUUGCGCUCUACCCUCGACAGCUGGUCAAACACCACAUUUAACGGCGACAGAGACGCGUCGAACUACACGUUCCUUGAUUACUUUAGAGGUGGUGCCAUGGUCGACCACUCCUUCCUCCCCUCCGCCUCCCAAAUCGAAUCCUUCUACAGGAAACAACUCUUCUCCAUUAUCAUCAACGCUCAAUGGCGCAAGCGGAAAAUCUGGACAACCUUCCACGCGACCAACGAUACGGUCGACGCCUCCGGCCCGAACGCCACGCGGUAUUACUCUCCCUCCGACGGAGGCGUCUACUACACCUACUCCUACCACGAAUCCGGCAUCCUCAAAGGGAACCUUGAAAGCCCCUCUGGUCUCGAACACCUCAACGAUACACCUUGGGACAUCUCCGGCAUAGACAUAUCGAAGUCCUCCGCCGCCUCCUUCCAAACUGCACGCUUCAACUUCACAGAAGCAAUGGCGCAUGACGCCCUCGCCGAUGCAAUUGCAUCGAACGGCACGCUGUCCCCCUGGUCCGACGGCGCAGGCUGGGUUGGCACAUGGACGCUCCCCGUGUGCCGCUUUCCUGCAGGAUACAAUUGGAAUAGCCAGUACCUGAACACCUCCUCGCGGUACGGCAUGCUACCUUGCUGUUGCGGCACCAAUUGCUCCGACACAAAAGACUUUGUGAAAGCUGCGAACCUCGUGGGCUUUCAGACGCUGCUACUAUGGAUACGGGAAGAAGAAGGGACCGGCUAG